AUGGAAACAGAAAUAACGAUAGCGCAACUGCGCCACUGUGGUGUACAAGUUCCUAUACAAACUUCUCUCCGAGAGCUUACUGCAGUUUCACUGUAUGAACUGUUGAUAACCGCAUUGAAACGUCUUCACUUUAUUCAUGAAGAAAACACAAACGAGAAGUUUCCAAUAUCACUGAUGGAAUCAGAUACCGCCACUCGUUUACAUUAUUUGAGUAUAUUAACGACGAAACUGCAGGAAGUCGGAUGUGAUUUUAUUCAAGAUGAACAUUUAAUGUAUCCUGCAGAAACUACGACAAGGCGACUUCUUCUCUGGCUUGUGAGGAAGUUUCAUACACUAGCUGCCACUCAAAAUAAUAAUAACGAUAAGAAAUAUAAAAACUCACCAAUGGGAGAAGCACUCUUAUCAUUUCAAUCAUUAGUGCAAAACUACAAUCUAAAUGGUGAAAAGAGAAAUAGAGAAGAGGCAUAUAUUCAUCCAAACAGGAUGGUUUCCACAGUAUGGAAACCUUUCUCUACUGUUAGUGUUUGUAGACCUGAAGAAAUAGAUUCAAAUAUUUCACGUUGGAAGCAAAUUGAAAAAGAAUAUGAAUCUAUGUGUACAUUUACUUCUCCCAAAGAACAAAAAGAAAUAAAAAAUUCUUUUUGGAAACUACAAUUUAGUGAAGUGUUUCUUCAUUCUUUUCAGGAAUCUUGUGCCGCAGAUCGCACCUAUGACGAUAAUUUUAUCCAUCAUAAUUUAAAAAAUUCACUCAUAACUAAAAACAAAAAAAUAAAUAAUGACAAAUCAUUACUUAAUAUACCUUUAAAUUCUAAGAGUCCAAAAGAAAGUAUUUUACCAAUCAAUUUGAAUGAUUUACAAUCAUUUACUUUUACAAAUGAUGUCUUCUUCUAUAAUCCAUCAGAAGAUGGUGUUAGAGUAGAAGGUGUCUCAGUAUCAGAUAUAAGUUCAAUAUAUGAUCAUAAGGAUCAAACUGUCAAUGCUUUACAGACAAUACUUAUCGGAGAUGCAGAAAAACACAAGAAUGAUGUUGAUGAUGUUAAUGAUUAUGACAAGACAUCACUUACAGAGAAUGAGAAGAGUAUUCUCAGUAAUUACAAUAAGGCUAAAAAAGAGCUUUGGAUUCUCAGAAAUACCUUUUCAGAAUUAAAAGCAAAAAAAAUACGUUUAGAUGAUGAUCUACAGAAUCUCUCUCACAAUCUGGAGGAACAGGAAAAUGUGUGGAAUCAAAGUAAAAAAGAGGCACAACGUUUAGAAGAGAUUCUUACCUUAAUGGGUGAUGAAAAGGAGAGUGAGAAUCAAAUUCGAAAGGAAAUAGAUGAGUUGAUAGAGUUAGCAGAAAGUUUUAGGAGUGAAGUAAUGGUAAAACUCCAAAAAGUAACGAAUAAACGUUCAGAAUUGCUAGAGGAAUUACAUGCUGUUAGUAACUAUAAAGAGGAAGAGUUAGCAUCUAUGCGUCAUGCUGUAAAAGAGGUAAAGAAACGCAUCCGUGCAAAACGACAGGAUAUACAAAAAUGGAAAGAAGAUAUUUCACCACAUGUUGACGGCAUUGACAGACUUCAGUUUCUUCGAUACAUUGGUGAAAUGACAUCCAGUGCGUGUGGACUCCAAACACAACUGACAACAGUGGUCCGGGAUACUUUGGCGUGUGUGAGAGAAAUGGAGGCGUUAGAACGGCAUCUCCGACUGGACUUUGCCCGGCGAGAGGCGGCGGUGUACACAUUGGCCCUCCAAUCCGAGUCUGGAGGUGUCUGGAGGGAACUUCACAGAAGUAUGGUGGGGGUGCGGGAGGGCUAUCGAGCACUAAUGAACGCCAUUGUACAUCGUGGGGAACUUCUCGUGGAACUCCAUCGCAUGGAGGAUCGGGUGGAGAAUCUCAAGGCGGAGGUAAACGCUUGCAAUUCUGUGAAAGUGGAAGAUGAUGUAAAGGAACUGCGGGAAAGGAAUAACGCGAUUCAUGAAUACCUUCAACAAAACAAAAGAAAAAAAAGAGUUUCUACACAGGUAAUGAUGUAA